AUGUCUUCAAAUGAUAUAGAAUUUUUGGAGAAAUUUUAACUUUAAUCCAAAGAUCAAGCUCUUUCUACCUUAGUAAAAGGAUCCCAGGAAUAGAUAUAUUAUACCCUCUUGAAAUCCUUGAAUGAAUAAAAAUCUAGAUUGACUGAGGAUUAGGGAAAAUUAUUAAAGUAUUUAAAAUUAGAAAAUUUACGAAAUAUUGAAUUCAGAUCUCUUAUUUUAGAAUUUGAAAGUCUUCUGUAAGAAUGUGAUACAAAAGAAAAUUAGAUAAAAAGGCAGAAAAUAAUGUAAAAUAUCAAUGAUAAAUUUUUACACCUUUAAUUCAAUAAUAAAUCAAUCACAAUUGAUAAUUAACAUGAUUUUGAAGUAAAUUCAAAUAAUUAGACAGAAGAUCAAAAAGGUAUUCGUUAAUACAAAUCUAAAUUGGAUCAAUAAAACAUAUCUUUAAAUACUUAUUUGCAAAAAAUUUAUUAAAAUAAUGAUUUAAAGAAAUUCUCCGUCUAUGCAUUGAGAUAAUUAUAAUUUGAAUAAAUUAUAAAGUGUAAUGAUGAAUGGAUUUAUGAAUACUUAAACAUUCUAGCAAGAUCAAGAGUUUUAGAAAGGUACUAUAAUAUAUAAUUUUAGAUUGGAGUUUGUUAUUCCAUUAUUUCAAAGACUAUUGUAAGGAUAAUUUUAAUUAGGAAACAUUUUUGCCGCAAUGAGUUUAUAAUAGAUGGAAGAAUUAUAAAAGGUUUAUGAUAGCAUAAUAAAUAAUUUGGAUUUCAUUACUAGUUAUUAUGGUAAAAGAUUUAGUUCUACUAAAUUUUAUGAUCAGGAUGCUUCAAUUUAAGAGUAAAUUUUAAGAUAAAUUGAUGAAUGGUAAAAGAAUCUGCCUAAAUAAUUUCAGUUUACUUCAUUGAUUUUAAUAAAUUAUUUGAAUUUAAGUAAAUAAAAUAAUUUUUAUUUUAGAUAAUGCAUAGAGAAAAUAUGAUCUAAAGCUUUUUCUUUAAUAUGUUUAAAUGCCAUUAAAACAUUUUGUUGGGUUUAAUUCGAGUGUAAGAGAUAGCUUAACUGAAAAUAAGUUGUUAUUUAGUCCCUUAUCUAUACCAAUUAAUUAUGACGAAAUUAUUUAUUAACACAUAGAAUAUUUCAUCACAUAAAAUAUGGAAUAGGAAUAAUUAGAGAAUUAUUUUGAGGAGCAUUAUUUGAGAAAAACUAAGGCACUAUUGUAUUUAUAAUAAGGGAAAGAAGUUCCUAAUAUAAAUUCAAUUUUAACUUAAAGAGAAAUCUAAAAAUUGUAGGAUGAAAAAUAUAUUGAAUUUGAGGAAUAAACAAAAUUAAGUUAAUUUAAACAUGGGGAAUAAGUAAAAAUCAUGGUUUCUUUAAAAAACAUCCCUUAAUUAUCAAUUAAAGUAUUUGAAAUAAAUACUUUAAAUUAUUAUUUUUAAGAUAGUUCAUAAGAUUUCUUAAAUCUUAAUCUUAAGGGAUUAAUCCCAAAUAAUGAAAUUGUUUUUGAUUUUUCAUCAGAUUUUACGCCAACAUUAAAAAGAGUUGAGGAAAUUGAAUUUCCAGAAAUAACUCAAAAAGAAAGAGGCUUAUUUAUUAUUGAUUUUUAUGGAAAUGGAUUAUCUUCAAGAGCAUUAAUUUAAAAAGGAAAUCUCUAAUUAAGAUAAAAAAAAAUAGUCUCGUCAGGUCAUUGUUUUGAAAUUUUGAAUGAAAACUUAGAAAUAUGUUGUUCUGAUUAAACAGGUAUUUGGUUAGAUAAAUAAUUUUAUAAUAUAGAUAAGCAGAGAAAAGAAAUCCUGAUUCCUUUUGGAAAUUACUCUUAAAAUUAAAAAGUCAUAAUUUUUCAUGAAGGAUAUGCUAAUUUAUAAUAAAUCUAAAUUUAAGAGGAAUCAUAUAAUUUUAAAUGUACUGGUAUAGUUUCAGAAGAAUCAUUAAUUAUAGGAAAUUAAGCAAAGAUUUUAUUAUUCCCAAGACUUUAUGGGAAUUAAAAUAUAAUUAGUUUGAAACUUUUACAAAAUAUUGUUAUUUUAGUAACUAUUUAUAAUGAAGAAAUGAAUCCAACUAUUUUUACUUUUGAUAAUAUAAAAUUUGAAGAUCAUAAGCCUUAUGAAAUAGACAUACCAAUUACUAAAUUUUAAUAAAUUAACAUUACAAUUACUUGUUAAAUUAAAAGUAUGAUAAAUAAAAAUUAAAUAAAUACUUUAAAAGAUUCUUAUUCAAUUAUACUUUAAGAAUAGUUUUAAACAGAAUAAUUUAACAAUUAAUAUUUAUAACAUACUGAAGAUUAAGGAUAUUAAUUAUAUGUAUUGGGUAUAGGAGGAGAACCUAAAAAAAAUGUUUAGUUAAAAUUAACAUUUUAAAUUAAUCAUUAUUAAUAAUAUACUGAAAUUUUUUAGACUGAUGAAAAUGGAAAAAUAGAAUUGGGAUAAUUGGAAAAUGUUUUAGUAGUUACUUCUUAACCAAUUGGUUGUAAAUCAAUUAACCAAAGUCCGAGAAAUUGGAUUCUUUCUUAAGUAGAUUUAUAAAAUAUUCCCAAUUAAAUAAAAAUUUUAGCUGGAUAAAAAAUAACUAUUCCUAUUUGUGUUGAAAGUGAUAAAAUUUUCUUAUACAAAAUAGAAAAGAAUUAAGUCGUUGAAUAUUUAUCUUCAAUUUGUGUUUAAGAAUAGAAUUAAUUAAGUUUUACUUUAACUGAACCUGGAUAAUAUGAAUUGUAAUUACUGGUUCAAAAUUAAUCUUAUAAGGUUGACAUUCAUAUUUAUGAAGGAUAUUAAAAAUAGGAUAGUGAUAUUUUUAUAAGCAAAAAUAAAUUAAUUAUAGAUUAAUAACUUAGCAAUUUAAUAUCUCUCUAUAAUGUUGAAAAAGUUAAAGGAGAGUAAAAUACAAAGAUUGUAGGGAAGAUAAGUUCAAAUAGUCCAGUAACCCUUUUUGUAUUAGCUGAAACAUUUUAUACGCAAUAAGAUUUAAUUAUUCAGCAUAUGAAAAAUAUACUCUUAUCUUAAAAAUAAGAAGAAUUUGAAGUUUUUUAAACAUAAUUUUAAUCCUAAACAAAUACAGAAAUUUCAGAUGAAGAACAAUAUGUAGAAAGUAGAAAAAAAUAGGAAACAUUUAUUGGGAAUACUUUAGAAAAGCCUUAACUUUUACUUAAUAGAUAAUGUAUAAGAGAGUGUAUUAAUGAAAAAGAAUAACUAAAAGAUGAGAAAAAAUAGCAUGCUUUAAUGAAAAAACUCCUUUAAAGUGGUAAUAAGCUUGGUUAUUUGUAAAGAGGAGAAUGUUAGAAUAUUAUGUCUAUUUUUUGUAAAUUAGAUUUCUUAAAAUAUCCUGGAAAAUUAAUUACAUUAGAAUUAAAUGGAUAAAGUAUAGAAGAUUAAGAGUUCUGUUUUGAAAUUCCUAAUUUUUAUUCUUAAAUUACUAUUUGUGCUAUAAAUGAUUAUAAUUAUGCACUUUAAUAAAUCUCAUAAACUUUUUGUUAACUUAACACAAGAAGUCUUGAACAUUAGACCAAUCUUAAUUAAGAUAAAUGUUACACAACAUCGAGAAAUUCAUAGGCAAUAAGGAAGGGGGAAAGUAUUUACAUUAAUGAUGUAACAGCAACAUAAAUAAAAAUAAUUGAUUCUUUAGAAAAAGUCUAUAGAGAAUUGUUAUCAUUGAAUAAUAAUGGAAAAAAUUUGAGAGACAAAGAUCUUUAAAAAUGGGAGUUUUUAGUAAGAUGGAAUAUAAAAACCUUAGAAUAAAAACAUUAAUUAUAUGAUGAAUUUCAAAGUGAUGAAUUAAAUUUGUUUUUAUUUUUCAAAGAUUCUCCUUAUUUUGAAGUUUAUGUACUAAAUUAUAUUAAGAAUAAAAUUGAAAAAAAUUUAGUUGAUAAUUUUUUAUGUUAAAAUGAUGCAGAAUUAGAAAGAUAUUUGUAUAUUUAAAUUUUUAAUACUCUAAAUACAAUUGAAUAAGUUUUAUUGUUAUUUUAUUUUUAAGAAAUAAAACCAAAUAAGAUUUAAGCAUAAAAUAUAUAUACUUAUUUGUAAUAAAAUUAUGAGAUUGUUAAAAUAGAUUAAAAUCAUAUUGAACGUUUAUUUGAUACAAUUUUAACUUCUUAAAAAGCUUAAUAAUAGAGAAACAACAAUACAAACAAUUAAAAUAAUUAGUUCAUUAAACAGAAGAUUGUAUCAGGAGUAUAAUAACUUCCACCUCCACCACCACCUCCGCCUCCUCCAGGUUGUGGUAGUUUAAUUGGAUCGUCUUUAGGUGGACCACCUCCACCACCACCACCUGGAGGUUGUCCUCCUCCUAAAAGUAAUCAAGGUUUAGCAGCUUUUUAUGAUUAAAUAUUACCAAGUGAAUCAACAACAAUAGAAAAAGCUCAUAAAGAAUUAAAUAAAAAAAAAUCAAAUACAUAAAACUUAUCUAAGAAAAAAUCAAAUCUAUAAUAUGAUUCAAAAGAUGAUGAUUAUUACAAUCAAUUAAGACAUUAAUACAUUCAAAAUUAUAAAAAUAUUGAAAAAACAAAAGAAUUUGGAGAAAGACAUUCUUACUAUUACAAAGAUAAUAUUAUCCCAAUUAAAAUCAAUUAAUUCUUUUUAUAAUUAGCAAACUUUUCACUCAAUUAAGGAAUUCUUAGUGCUUCCUCUUUUCUUACAUCUGAUAUUAUUCAUUAUACGACUUUUUCUGAAUUUGUAUUCAUACUAUCUGUUUUAGAUUUGCCAUUCUAAAAUAUCAAAUAAAACUUUUAUUCAUUUUAAGAAAAAGGAAUGUAAAUUAUUGCAGAAUCAAAUCUAAUUUAUUAUAGCAAAGAAAUUUAAGAAGUUGAUAUUUCAUUAAGAAAUGAUAUACUUAUUACAUAAUUAUACUUUGAUGAAUAAAAUAAAAAAUAAGAAUUCUUAUCGUCAUAAGAAUAUUUAACUAAUCACAUUUAUGGAUCAUUAAUCAUAAUUUCUAAUUUCUCAAAUGAAAAUAUCAAUGCUUAAAUAUUUUUAGAGAUACCAAAUGGAGCAAUACCAAUUAAAUCAACAUUUUAUUCAAAAUCAAUCAAUAUUUCUUGCAAUUCAUUAUCUACAGAAAGAUAUUCAUAUUAUUGGUAUUUUCCAAAAGAAGGUACUUUCAAAAUUCAUCCUGCUUCUUUAACUAUUUUUGAUAAAGUUGUUGCUGUAGCGUUACCUUAUCAAUUUAAUGUUGUAAAUGUUAAAGCCAAUCCUAAUUUAGAGGUAAUAGAAGAUAUUUUAGGAACAGGAAAUAAAGCUAAUAUCUUAACAUUUUUAGAAACGAAAAACAUUUUUGAUGAAAAAGUGUUUAAACCAACUUAAAUCGCAUAUCUAUAUUCAGAUAAAGACUUUUAUUCAAAAGUUCUUAGAAUUUAUAAACUCAAAAAAUUUAAAGAUUCUGAAAUUCUUAAAUAUUCUGUUUAUCAUGCAGAUUAAGAAGGUUUAAUAGAAUUCUUUGCUUAAAAACAUGUUCAAGAUUAAUUUAAUUCUAUUAAGUACUUCAAAUGUUCACUUUUUGAAAUAAAUAAUAUUAAAAUGGUAGAAUAUUAUCCCUUAAUAACUAAGAGAAUUCAUAAACUCAAAAGUGAUGAAAAAGGAAUUCUUAAUGUUGAAUUAAGAAAACAACACAAGGAUUAUCUAUAAUAUUUAAUAGAAAAGCCUACUCAUUCUACUUCUGAUAAAUUAGGAUUCUCAUAUUAUCUAUUGUUAUAAGAACGAAUACCAGAAGCAAUAUAAGUUUUUUCUUCUAUCCAAUUACCCUUAAAUGAUGGUAAUUCUGAAUUGCAAUAUGAUUAUUUUUAAGCAUAUUUUGAUUUUUAUUAAGGAUAUCCUAAUUUUCAAGAGGCUAGAAGAAUAUGCGAAAAAUAUUUGAAUUAUCCAGUAAUUUAUUGGAGAAAUCUAUUUUAUGAGAUUGCAAACUUAUUAACUGAAUUUGAUGGUGAUGAAGAUCAAAAAGAUUUUGGAACUUAAAAUACUAAUUUAAAUAAGUAAUUGGCCAUAAAAGAGGAAACUCUAUCAUGUGAAAUUUAAGGAUCUAAAAUAUAAAUUACUUAUUCGAAUCUUUAGCAUGUUACAAUAAUGCUUUAUAAAUUUAAUUUGGAAAUUUUAUUUUCCAUCGACCCAUUCUUAUUAAAUAGAAAAAAAGAUUUUUCAGUUACAAAACCUAAUCAUGAAAUUGUUAUGAAAUUAGAAAAUUAAAAGGAAGGAGAGUAAUUUUUUAUUAUUUAUUUUUUAGAGUCUAUAAAUAAGAAAUUGAUAUUCCAGAACACCUCUAAAAAGAUAAUCUCCAUAUAUAAGUAAAUGGUGUUAAUAAAAAAUGUUUCUUAAAUUAUUAAUCAAAUGGAUUGAUUAUUAAUCUUAUGGAAAACAGUGGAUAAUUAAGAGUAUUUGAUUUAAAUGGAUAAUAAUUAUCUAAAGUUUAUGUUAAGGUUUACAUUAAAUAAAAAACUGGAGAGAGCUAUUUUUAUAAGGAUGGUUACACUGAUUUAAGAGGUAGAUUUGAUUAUGCAUCCUUAAGCUCAGAUGAAAAUUUAUAGGAUUAAACUUUUGCUAUCUUAAUUUCAGAUUAAUAACAUGGUAUCAUUUAACUUUAAUUAUAUAGGAACUAUUGUUAAAGAAGUAAAAACUCCAUCAAGAAUAGGAAAAUAUCAAGGUGAUAUUAAAUUAGUAUCAAAAUUAUGGCAAUCAAAGGCAGAAAAUAAGAAGGAAAAUCAAAAUCUAAAAUUAACGCAGUGA